AUGACAGACCGCAUCUCCCAAAUCGCCUCCCACCUGAACUACCCAAAGGGCAUGCUCGCCGGCCAGCUCGCCAUCAUAACCGGCUCGGGCCAGGGCAUCGGCGCCGAGACGGCCCGCCUCUUCGCCAACGAGGGCGCCAAAGUAAUCAUCUCCGACAUCGACGCCGCCAAAGCCCAAUCCGUCGCCGACGCCAUCAACUCUGCCACAGGAGGCCCCAACCGCGCCCUCGCCGUCCCCGGAGACAUGCUGUCGGCGGACUACAUCACCACCCUCGUCUCCAAGGCCGCCUCCUUCGGCGGCGGCAAGAUCCACCACAUCGUCAACAACGCCGGCUACACCUGGGACGGCGUCAUCCACAAAAUGUCCGACAAGCAGUGGGACACCAUCCUCGCCCUGCACUCCACCGCGCCCUUCCGCCUCGUCCGCGCCGCCGCCCCCUACUUCCGCGUCAAGGACGGCGAGAACAGGUCCAUCGUCAACAUCAGCUCCACCUCGGGCGUCCACGGCAACGCCGGCCAGGCCAACUACGCCCUCGCCAAGGCCGGCGUCACCGGCCUCACAAAGACCAUCGCCAAGGAGUGGGGCCCGGCCUUCGGCGUCCGCGCCAACACCGUCGCCUUCGGCCACAUCAAGACGCGGCUGACGGACGCCAAGGAGAAGGGCGCUUUUGUGGUUGGUCCCGGCGGGGAGAAGAUCGCGCUCGGGAUCCCGCAGGCGCAGAAGGGCGCCGCCGCCGCCGCCGCAGAAGAGCAGGCGCACGCGGAUAUCCCGCUCCGCAGGCCCGGGACGCCCACCGAGGCCGCGUCGGCCGUGUUGGCCGUCGCCAGCCCGCUGUUCAGCUACGUGACGGGGCAGACGAUCAUGGUGACGGGCGGCCGAAACAUGUAA